AUGUCACAGUUCUCUUUUCGAGGAUCGCCAAAUCUACAGUGUCCUGUGACAGUGAGCUCGUCGUUGGCGUCGUCCUCGGCCUCGCCGGUUUCCGGUACGAUCCUUAGCGCAGGCGGUUCCUCGCUGGUCAGCGCAGCGAGCACGACCACGAAUCAUCCCCUGAGCGUAGCUGGCUUGUCGAACGCGAGGAUGGCGGUGACCAGCGCGGUGGUGAGGCCGCCAGGUAGCCCGACCACGUCGGUGAGCCCGUCCCAGGGUCAUCCACCGCCGACGACCGGCGGCGGACCAACGCCAACCGGACGGUGCUGCGACACGGGACGACCGAUCUUCACGGACCCGUUGACGGGCCAGACCGUCUGCUCCUGCCAGUACGAAUUGCUCGGCGGUUAUCAGCGGCUCGGCGCGCUACCGACGGCCGCGCUCUCGAUGUACAGCGCGCCGUACGCGGCUGCGGCCGCGGCAGCCGCCUCCGAGGGAAUGGCCGCGUACUUUCCUAGCCUGGGUGCCGAACAGGCGCCCUUCUACACGCCCACGGCUGCUGGUCUGGAUCUGAAGGAAAACCUCGGAGCUGGAGCCGCCGCGUGGCCUUAUCCAUCGGUCUACCACCCUUACGACGCCGCUUUCGCCAGCUACCCCUUCAACGGUUAUGGUAUGGACCUCAAUGGCGCGAGACGGAAAAAUGCAACACGGGAGACAACGAGUACACUGAAAGCCUGGUUGAACGAGCACAAGAAGAACCCGUAUCCGACCAAGGGAGAAAAGAUCAUGCUGGCCAUUAUCACGAAGAUGACGUUAACGCAGGUGUCGACGUGGUUCGCAAACGCGCGGAGACGUCUGAAGAAGGAGAAUAAGAUGACGUGGGAGCCUAGAAAUAGGGUGAAGAGCGUGGACGAGAAGGAUCGACUAGACUCCAAAGAUUCGGGUACCGGUUCAAGCGAGGACGGUGAACGACCCGCGCACCGGAUGGAGCUGCUCGGUACCAGCGGCGGUUCCGGCGGUGUGCAGGGUAGAACCGAGAGCGAGUGGAGCGAGUCACGGGCGGACAGUGGCCCGGACAGUCCCGAGUGUCUGUACGACCAAAGGGAGCCCAGGCAUCCCCUUCAACUCCAACAUCCCGCGUAUCUGGCCUCCAGUCACGGUCGAUUGCUGCGUCAUCCCUCGCCGGAGAGCACGUCGCCGAGUAGUCAUCAUCUUCCGCCGAGCACGAGUGCGCCGUCGACCGUUAGCGGGGUGACCACCAAGCCGAGGAUCUGGUCGCUCGCGGACAUGGCGAGCAAAGACGGCGAUCAGCCGAGUCCAACGCCGACGACGGUCACCGGGCUCUCGUCCCCUUACAGCGGUAGCAGCGGGGGCGGCGGCGGUGGCAGCGGUGGAAAACUGGUGAGUCCUCUGGCGAGUCGUUUGCCACCCCAUCAUCCCCUGUACCCCGCGAUGCACACGGGAACGCAGUUCGUCAGGCCGCAUCCGGACUUCUAUCGUAACCUGUACGGCGCCUCCCAUCUUGGAUCCGGCGAUAUGUCUCUGUUGGAGACCUACUCGAGGACCCUGGGCGGGCUAAGCGGCGUAAUGCCACCCUCGACCGCCCCUAGCAUACUGACGUCCUCCGUCUCGACGGAGGCCGUGGCCACCGGCACCGUGAAACCGUUCACGAUCAACGGAUGCUCCGGCCUGUCCCCGUCCUCCUCGUCGACCGCUUCGUCCGGCGGGUCCGAUCAGUCGCCCCACCCGAGCGGCGGCCUGCCUCCGACGCAGGAGCUAAAGUCCCCGGGCCGGGGGGUGUGA